ACUCCUCAUCGACUUAAGUCUUAAAGUAACAUAAUUUCGUCGAUGAGCUGGUUCAGUCGUUCAAGCUCUGAACAAUCUCCAGCUGCAACAAGGCAUGACCGCCAGAAAUGCUGGGAAAGUCGUGACCAAUACUUUGAAUGCCUGGAUAGCGCUGGUGUUCUAACUGCCGGAGAAGAAGGGACAGCAUGCACCAAAUCAAAGUUUCAGUACGAAAAGAGCUGUGCCAAAAGCUGGAUUGAUUAUUUCAACAAAAGGAGGGUUCUCGCUGAGAAACAGAAGGAUAUGCUUGCACAGUCUCAGCUCCAAUCGCAGGAAGCUAAUCGCAAACUAUAGUUCUGCUUGCGUACGAGAAAUUCUGCUCAUUCCGUUUAGGCAGAAUACUUAUGAUGAAUCAUUUUGCAUCACAGCACCACCUCGGGCCUGACUCAUC